UUCUCAGUCGAAAAAAGAUCCGAGCGAAGCAGAGCAGAAGUUUCCGUUAUCCGUUUCUCUUUCACUCACCAUUGGUUUUCUCUCUCCAUAUCUAAAUCACCCAAUUGCUUUCUCUCUCUAAAUUCUUGAGAUAUUCAUCUCAUCAAUUUUAGGGUUUUUGAUCCAAUUUCACUCAGCAACAAUGGUUUCCGAUUCAAUCCCCAAAGUUUCGAUCUCUAUUGCUUCCUCUAACCCCAAAGAUUUUGCCAAGAAAAAAAGGGCUAAUCGGUCGGCGAAGUUGAAGCAGUCCAAGCUUGAUGCUCGACGCGAGCAGUACCUUUCACAAGUGAAGAACAAAGGUUUGAAGGAGGAACCAAACACUGGAGGAACUCAUGGUUCAGCGAAGAAUGUUGCGAAUGAGAGGGAACGAUUGAUUGAGAAGUUGCAGAUAAAGCCAAUAGGUGAAGAGGACAAUGAAGGGUCCUUAAACCACUACAGUGAUUUUGAUUCACCUACAAGCCACACCAGUAGUGUUUUGGGAGGAAAUGAUUCAGGGACUAAUUUCACAGGAAGCAGUAGGGGCAGUAGUAGCAGCAGUAGCAGUGGUGGAUGUUGUUCAGGGAGUGUGAGCGAGGAAGAUGAAGAAGCAGAGGAUGAUUGCUUGGAUGAUUGGGAGGCUGUUGCCGAUGCUCUGGCUGCCACUGAUAAAAAACAGGAGCAGCAAAAUCCCAGCUUGGAUUCACAUUUUGAGAGGAAUGAGAAUAUGGCACAUAUGAGUUCUAGGCAAGAGGUUUCUGAAAGGCAGGGUUCAGGGAUUGAUAGAUCAAAGGAGGAGUGUAAUGACAGAGGAUUGACACCUAGACCUCCUCUCAGUUGCCGGGCAUGGAGGCCCGAUGAUACAUUCCGUCCGUCGGGUCUGCCAAAUUUGUCGAAGCAGCAUAGUUUCCCAAUGAAUUCUGAGCGGCAUUGUAGGAGGGACUCUGUAUGGGGAUGUAAAACUUUAGCCACACCCACGUUGUGUCCUAUAUGCUGUGAAGAUUUGGAUUAUACAGACACGAGUUUUCUCCCUUGUUCGUGCGGAUUCAGGCUUUGCCUCUUUUGUCACAAGAAGAUUCUCGAGGAAGAUGGGCGUUGUCCAGGGUGCAGGAAACAGUAUAACCAGGAGGCAGUUGAGCGAGAGGCAACCAUUGAUGGAGGCAGACUGACGAUUCGAUUGGCUCGUUCCUGUAGCAUGAUAUCAAGGUCCUAGGAAGAUUCUGUUUCCAUGGAUGUGUAUGUUGGGUCCUUUUCUGUCUCUGCAUGACAUUGUGAGUGUUUUAAUUCUUAGCAGACUGUGAGUCAAGAUAACCAACCCAUAGCUAUAGAUGUUGGUAUAGAAUGUGAUUUUGGAAGCUCAGGGGAAUGUUCUGGUUUCUUUAUGAUCUUUUGCAUUAUAGAUGUGGGCUUGUGCUGAUGUAGAACACUCAUUAUGUGAAUAAAUAAG